AAUAAUAAUUGUUAUUAUUUAUUAACAACAAAUAAAAAUAGUGAUAAUUAUAAAUAACUUGACAAUAAUUAAAACGAAAUAGAGUUAUAAUUUAACAAAAAUACCAUCAAUACCAAAAAAAAGAAAAGAAAAUCGAAAAAUGUAAAUUCGAAUAUGAUCAUCAAGAUCAACAAUAAAAAACUAAAUGUCAUCAAAAAGUGUUAUUUUUAUCUAUAAACAAAUUAAUAAAUAAUUAAUCAUUUAUAUUAAUUUAUUAUUUUUUUUGUUUAUUUUUGAUAUAAACAUUUUUAUUUUACGCUAUCUACCAAGAAAUUCAGUACUAAUUUUUGUUUUGACUUUCAACAAUGACGUCAAUUCAACAAUAAAUAAUGAGAAUAAAAAAAAAUGAUAAAUAGUAUCUUAAAUUCCGGUCAACUCUGGACAAGAUAACACAACAUCCAACUGUCAUUAGUGUUUGUGUGUUUGCCUUGACAAUAUAUUAUAAACUUUUGAUUAAAAAAAUCUGACUGAAAUAUAUAUUCAUAACCUGCUUAUCAGCUUUAUUACAACAAGUGUUCCAUCAAAAUAAUCACAAUUUUUUUUCUUAAUCACUCAAUGAAAAAUACUGUUAUUUUGUUGUUAAUAUUUAUCAAUUAACUACAACUAUUUUAAUUAUUAAAAAUAAAGAAAAAUGUCAUGUACAAGUGAAUUUUCACGUUCAAAAGAGUACCAAAGUUUUAGAAGUUCAGUACCAUUAAAAAAAAUUGUCGUUGACACAAAUGGAACAAAGAAAUUUUAUUUCAAGGGUUGGAAAAUUUAUGAUUCUGGACCAAAGACAAUUAAAUCACCACUGAUAUGUCUACCACCAGUAAGUGGUACAGCUGAUAUUUUUUUCAAACAAAUAUUAAGUCUUGGUGCUAAAGGCUAUCGUGUUAUAUCGGCUGAACCACCAGUUUACUGGAGCAUUGAUGAAUGGUGUGAAGGUUUUAGAAAAUUAAUGGAUUACAUGGAACUUGAUAGAGUACAUUUAUUUGGUGCAUCAUUAGGUGGUUUUUUAGCACAAAAAUAUGCUGAAGUUAAUGCACAUUGUCCAAGAGUUGUGUCACUUAUUUUGUGUAACACAUUUACUGAUACAUCUGUUUUUAGUUACAAUGAUUCAGCUGCUAUUUUUUGGAUAUUACCUUCAUUGGUAUUAAAAAAAAUGCUAAUGGGUAAUUUUUCAACAGACAGAGUUGAUGCUGAAAUGAUUGAUGCUAUUGAUUUUAUGGUAGAAAGACUGGAAAGUUUAACACAACCGGAAUUAGCAUCACGUUUAACAAUGAAUUGUGUGAGUAGUUAUAUACAACCUCAUAAAAUGGGAAAUUUACCAGUAACAAUUAUUGAUGUGUUUGAUGAAUAUGCACUUUCAAAUGUCGUGAGAGAAGAAAUGUAUAAAUGCUAUCCAAAUGCUAAACUUGCACAUCUUAAAAGUGGUGGUAAUUUUCCAUAUUUAAGCAGAUCUGCUGAAGUUAAUCUUCAUCUUCAGAUUCAUUUGAGACAAUUUGAGGAUACUGAAUUUGCUGCAUCAAUUAAAUUUGAAAGCUUAAAUGACCAGGUGUAAUAUAUACAUUUUUAAUUAAUAUUACAAAAAUAAUUGUAAAAUUUACUGCCUAAUUGACACACUUUUUAAUCAAAUCAACGAAAAAAAAAAUCAUAUUUACUGUUAAAUAAUCUUACUAUUAAUUUAUUAAAAUUUUACCCGGUAGCCAAUUCUAAAAAUAUACGUAAAUCAAUUGAAAUAUUUUUAAAAAAAUAAUGAUAAUUUAUAGAUUACAAAAAAAUAUUUUAUUCCAUGACAAAUUUAAAUUAAAUUUAUAUUUUUUGUCGUCAAAAUUGACGUUUUAUAAUGCUCAUUAAUUAUUCUAAAAAAAAUUAAAUUAUUUCAUAUAUUAUUCGAGUCAAAAUAUACUCUAAGCUAAUUUGUUAUAAAUAAAAAAAUAUAAUUUUACAAUAUUAAAAUAUAAAUUUUUAUAUGAAAAAAAAA